CUAGUUUUUUCAAAUCUCUUGCGCUAUGUCGCUCAUCAUUCAGCGUUUUCCUAAUUGUAUUAUGGAGGUAAUGCCGAGGAGGGAAAUAGGGAAAUGGAGUGCCGAGAAGAAGAAACAUGGAGCAAAAUGAUAUCAGAAACAAAACGAACAAACCGAUAAAAUUCUCAAAUUUCGGAAGACCGAUUAUCACUUCAAAAAGUCUAUUGACAACAUCUUCGGACGAGGCUCCUGCCAAAAAGUCAAAAUAUACUGCUGAGAUAGAUGAGAAAUUGAAUGUCCUACAUGCUGCGUUGCAGAGUAAGAUAAAAAAUAAAUCACCCAAUCCACAGCCCUCAACAUCAAAGUCGCAGAAAAAUUUACCAGUAAGGCUAAAUUCUUCUGUCUCACCUAAAACUGUCUGCUUGAACUCGAAUGCGUCUGAAGAACUGACCGCAAACUCAAGUUCCGAGCACGCAAAAAAGCCGGUGAAUUCCACACCAUGUAAAGACAAAUCAGCGACACGGAAAACAGAACUGUUCCCUGAAGAUGAAGAAGAAUAUUUUAAAGAUGUAGAUGAAGAGGGCGAGUUAGAGAAUUCUAAAGAUAAUGAAGAAUUAAGCUUUUUUCAGAAAGCAGUGCUGGCGAACUUCAAUGCAGACAUUUGGUCCAGUCAGGUGGUUCCAAGUUAAGAGAAUUUCUUAACUUUGGACUGAAAGAGAUGAUGACCGAUGAAUUGGUUUGUCAAUUUACCUGGGUUGGGGGCGAAAACAGUUUAAUAUUUGGCGACACCAGGGUGUCAAACAUUUUGUAUCAGGCAGCUCAAAAGUGUUCCCAGUUCAAUGGGCCAGACGACCGAGCACACUUUAAGAGUGAAAUGCUGGAGGUUCUAAGAACAACGAAGCAGCGCUAUAGUAAUUUGAAGAAGAAGGUUCUUCUCAAAAAUCAAAGGGCUUUGGAUGGAAACGAGGAGGACUUGUUAAAACAAAUUGCGGUUUUGGAAGCACAAAAGGGUUCAGCAGGAGAAGAAAACCUUUCCGACCACGAUGGUUGCUUCGGGGAUGAUGAAUAUGAUACAUAAAUAUGACAAACUAGUUUGAAAAAUAUAAUUUAAAAAAUGUAAUAGAGCACGGUGAGCCUCAACCAAUUUUAAUUAAAAAACAUAUUGCAAGAAAUGUUUUUACCGAAUAUUAUUCUAUCAUAAUAUACAUUCUUUUGUAGUAAAACUUUGAAAUAAUUGUGGGAGCGCUUUUUUCCAAAAUUCAAAAUUUAGAUUUUCCAAAAAAAAUUUGUAAAAUUUUUUAAUUAAUCAGAGGGAUUUAAGCUGCA